CCAGUGAGGCCGUCCGUCUCUCUCUCUCUCUCUCUCUCUCUCUCUCUCUCUGUCUGUCUCUCUCUCUCUCUCUCUCUCUCUCUCUCUGUCUCUCUCUCUCUCUCUCUCUCUCUCCUGCUCCAGCCUGCUCGGCUCGACACGAAGAAGCCCAACAUGGAGUAGAGAGCGGGCGAUGGGGCCGCCCUCGCCGAGCGCAGCGCGCACAGUCGGGGCUAAAGUGCAGCGGACGGGGCGGGAGGACGAAGAGGAGGAGGAGGAGGAGGAGGAGGGAGAGGAAGAGAGGCUCCGGGAAAAGCGAAAUAAAUAAAAUCCGAUCAGGCGGCGGCGGCGGCGGCACGGGCAUGGAAGAGAAUAAAUAAAUAAAUAAACAAACGCAUAAGGCAUCAACAGGAGCGCGAGGAGCCGAAAAGGGGGAGAAUGAAGCGUGAAGGCGGCGCGGCGCGCGCGCCGGGACUUCUUCACUGUAGGUGAAAGCGAGGAGGCUGAAAAAUGACCGAGGAAUCGCAGCCAGACGAUGAUAGUUAUAUAGUGCGAGUGAAGGCCGUGGUGAUGACGCGGGAUGACUCGAGCGGUGGGUGGUUGGCUCAGGAAGGUGGCGGGCUCAGCCGAGUUGGAGUGUGUAAAGUGGCUCCGGCUGACCUGGAGCUCAUCGGCCGAAGCGGCUUCCUCAUUUACGGAGAGAGACUCCGAGACAAACAGGUGAUCCUAAAGUGCUUCCUCAAGAAGGACCUGGUCUACACGAAGGCCACGCCCACUUUUCACCACUGGCGUGUGGACAAUAAGAAGUGCGGCCUGACCUUCCAGAGUCCGGCAGACGCCCGAGCCUUUGACCGCGGGGUCAGGAAGGCCAUUGAGGACCUGACUGAUGGUUCCACCACCUCCUCGUCCACUCUACAGAAUGAGACAGAGCUGGGAGACGAUGACGUCUUUACAAACGCCACAGACAGCUCGUCUAACUCGUCCCAGAAGAGGGAGCCUUCCAUGCAGACGCUCGCACCAAUCAGCUUCUGCGAGCCAAGGCGGCACCACCACUGCAUCCUGGGACAUUUCUAUGAGCCACACAGGCACUCUGACCAUUACUUUCUGGACCAGACGGCACCUAUAUUCCCCCAUCACGUGACCUUCCCUCCAGAAGAGGAAGAGAUAGUGCGGAUAAAUCCGCGCGAGCGUGCCUGGCUAACGGGUUAUGAGGACUACCGCCACGCCACCAACGCCACGCGGGACAAACUCCUACUGCACCCUGACCCCACGGACGCUUAUGUCACUUUCGCCAAGAGUGAGGUGCCCAAACACGACUAUACUUAUCCGUACCCACUGGGUGGAGACUCACGCGACCUGUCACGCAACGGUAAAGUCGGCAUUAGUGGUGGCGUGGUCACAGGGCAGCCCACGGCCAAACGGGAGGACAGCAGCCAGCGCCUGCGCUGCAUUUACUGCCGGGACGUUUUCAACCCGGCACUAAACCGGCGCGGCUAUUGCCAGGAGGCACCAGACACAGUGGACACGUGCAUACGCCGCGUGAGCUGCAUGUGGUGUGCUGAUAGCCUGCUGUACCACUGCAUGUCGGACCCAGAGGGCGAUUACUCGGACCCGUGCUCGUGUGAUCCCGGCGAGGAACACUUCUGCCUGCGCUGGACAGCUCUACUGGGCCUCUCACUAAUCGCCCCCUGCAUGUGCUGCUAUGUUCCACUGCGCGCGUGCCACCGCUGCGCCAUAGCGUGCCACUGCUGCGGGGGCCGACACAAAGCCAUGGGGUGAACCACGGCAACUCUUAUACACACCAGCAAACAGCCAGGAGCAGAGACGCAAAGCGUGGAGGCAAAAAAAAUGAAAAGGCCCUAUUUGACCUGGAUUGGUUUUACCUAGAGAGCUGACCCAACUCUGCUCUGCUGCAAAUACCAGUGGCAAAGUUUAACAGUGUCCCUUUCAACUUAAAGAGAAAGAGUAGUGCACAGCUGUUUUUGGUAAAAUGAUGUAGAGUGCAUUAUUAAGUUCGAAUGUUAUUUAUCUUGUAUUUGUGUGAAAAGUCACACUGUUACAGAUGAUCAGGUGUAGUUAUUUUUGCUGCAUACUUCAGCUGUGCUGGCGGUGCUAGCUUAUAGCUCUAAUCCGGCCUAAACUUUUGGUCUGGACCUAAAUACAGCCCGACAAUUUCUGUCCAAGACAAACUUGACCACACAAUCAAACACAGUUUUGAGUCUGAAAAUGAACGAAGCCCAAUAAUAUUCUGUCCAAAACUGACCCGAACCAGCCCGUCAGCACAGAACAAUGCAGAAUAAAAUAUUUCCAUAUUCACCAUGUAGAAAAAUUAAAUUGCCAUAUAGUGAUUAGAUCACUGCUAGAUACAAUAAAACCAGACGUUAGCCUCCACCUGUUUGUCCUAAAACCUUAUUUCUUUAUAUAGAACAUGUUACAUAUCGCUGCUGUCGGAACCUUGUAUCUCCAUAAUGGUAACUUUACAGGAGAAGGAAAAAAACUGCUUUGCUUUUAAAGUAAGUCUGUGGAACCAGUCUUUUUUUCCAAGCCAUUGCAGGUCAUUUUUUUGGUCCAUUCAUCAUGAAAAACAGAAAGCUCAACAAUUCAUUACUGUGAGCUCAUUUACACAUCAAGGCUGAAACUGAUCUGUCCUAACUAAGUAGCCUUUCAGAAUAAUUUGAGAUGAUUAAUGCAAGCUAGAUUGGGGUAUUUUGACCAAAAAACAGUUGUGCGCUACCAUUUCUCACACAAAUGACCUUUCCGUCUGGGCAUACUUGAGGAAAUCACGUAGACUUUAUCCUGGACCAAUCAGGCAAUCAGAUUCCUCACAAAAUCAUUACACAACAUCCUCUGGUAAAACGAAUCCAGCUCCAGUAGUGCUUAAGUUGAGGAGCGCUGGAAAUGAAACGGUUGCUGGCAAACUUUUUGUUGGAGCUUUGUUUACGCUGGACAUCUCUCCUGGCCUGUUUUUAUUCUGUCGUUUUUUGUUUUGUUUUGUUUUUUUUGUGACUCUCAGCUUCUAUGACAUUCAUUUUAAAAGAUAACAGUAAAGGCAUUUAUAUAUUCAUUUAUAUAUGAUAAAAUAAUUAUAUAAAUAUAUAAAUAUAAAUACAGGUACUUUUAUGUUUUUACAAUAUUCUGAUUUGCUUCCUGUCUGGUUUGUGUUCCAUACGAGUGUUUUUGUUUGCUGUUUGUUCUUUUGCCCUGGCUUGCCAAACUGACUCUGACUCUGGAACUGUCCUGUCUGAGGCACUUAACACGUGUGUGACCAUCCCCAGUCUGAACCGACAAAUCUGUGUGUAUGUGUGUGUGUGUGUGUGUGUGUGUGAGUGUGUGAGAGAGAGAGAGAGAGAGAGAGAGAGAGAGAGAGAGAGAGAAAGAGAAGACAGAUAAAAGAACAAAUAUUUGAUUAAUGAAGCCAAAUCAAUGUUUGACUAUGUAUAGAGAAUAAUUGCUGUUUUGAAUGUUUGGUGAACAUACAGCCUACAUUGCUGUCAAACUGUAUAGUAAAUGUAUGUGUGUGCAUUAGUAGGAAUGUUUGCAGCCGUAUUUACACUGUGUAUGUUCGGAAUUGAGAAACCAGCCUCAAAUUGAAGGAAUACUCCAGCGUUUUUCGACCUAAUCUCCCUCGGCCCCACCAGUAGUAAACGGCUGAUCACUGCAGGCAAUGAGAUGUCACUUAGUAAAAGAACAGAAAACCACUUGACCUAAAAGAAGCUGAUUGGCAGGGGGUGGCACUUCCCUCUCAACAAGAUCUUUAGUUUACUUCCACCAUAGUUAUCCUGUGUGAUAUAUACUUAUCGUGCUAUAGUUAGUAUAUUGGCGUACCGUCCUUGUUGUUGGCUGGAUAAAAUAUGUGGGUGGGUGGACCGUUUGACUUAACCACACAUCUUUGUUCAGCUUGACAAACUAAGCUGACAGUCCAGUCGUAAAACAAUAUGCCGCAUAUUGCGCGUGAGGAAUUUAUACAUCCAAUUUCUGUAUUUUACUAAUUUCCUAAACCAAGGACAAGAGGAAAGAUGUAGGAUCUGUAUUAAACACAGGCCACAUCACCUAUUAAACUCACCAAAAAGUCUAGGUUCCAUGGCUUACCUUACUGAGUCUGGCUGGCAGACUGAGUCUUUCUUAUUAACUCAGAAUUUGUGUCAUGAAUUAACCUCGCCCUCAAAAACAACUGACAUGCAGGCCUCAAAAGCUUGCCAGACAGAGCAACAGCAGUCACAGAGGAUGAGGUUAACUGUAUUACGUUCUCGUUAUGCUUUUGAUGUAGGCCUAUGCGAUAAUGCUGCGGCAGUGAUUUCAUGCAGGUCACAUGGACAGUAAUAAUCACCACCCCCUUCUAGAAUUCCCCGCCUCCCUCAUUCACUCUGCCCUGAGGCAGGUGCUUCAGUUUCAGCAUCUGCCCAUUGGCCUCUAUUGUAAAAUGUUUUUGAUUCAACAGACGUCUGUUAUUUUAUUAUCUAUAGAGAAAGACGUCGCAAUUAUUUUCCAUGGUAGUUGACCGCAAUUUCCCUCUGGGAUCAAUAAAGUUUUAUCUAUGUAAAAAGGCACUGGCAAAGAAAUAUCCUGGGGGAUAUCAGACUGUAAGGUGCCCUCUUGGUCAGUGUAUAUAAUAAAUGCUUUAUCUGUCCAUUCUUCAAGGACUGUUUCCCUGAGGCUCAGCUCAGCCUUGCCCCAAGAGUAGAGCUAGUGUAUCAGCUCGAGUUCCACAAUUGCUAUUGGGCGCCUCCUCUGGCAAAGCAGUGGUACCUAUAGAGGUCUUCUGCUCUCAGAAAUUCAGAUGCAUGCAUCACCACAGGGCUGGAAACACUAUCACAAAGGCACUAAUAAUCUCUUUAAGAUAGUAUAAUGUGGUUAUUUUUAACAACAUACUAACAAAUGAGUGUAAGGACCGAUAAUUACUGGCUAAACCAAGUUUCUGUUAUUGUAAGAAAAACAGCGAUUUAUCCCAGGCUCUCUGGAAGUUCACAGCAAGUGGAUAGCAGGUAAUGUUGCAGGGAUCAAACUGCUGCUCGGCCAGUAAUGCUAGUAUAUUUGUAUGGGGGGGACUCUUAACAUGAUGUUUAGUUUCUUCUAAAACCAUGUCUCUUGAUAAGAGUGGAGGUAUUAUGCUGUAAAUUAUAUUACGUUGCCCCUUUUUCCUCUUAAACCUCCCAAAACGUCAGUGCACAAGUGUCACCUUCUACUACAGAUGCAGCACACUGAGAUCAGGCUGAAAAACGUGGGAGUAAUCUUUUAAUGCAAUCUAUCUACAGGAUGAAAAACAAGGUGUCGUUUUUGCCUUUUUGUCUAUAAGCACAACACUAAACUUUGUCGCAUACGAACACUUCUGAUAACCUCCUAAGACGCGCGUGUCCACGUCUCGCAGCCUGAAAAUGUCCCACAACUCACAGCCAGUGGAGGCCUGCGGCAAUGUUUUGUGACAACAGGGACUGUGAGGUUCUGUACAUUACGUCUUUCUUUCUUUCUCUCUUCCCCUUCUCCGUUUCUUUCCCUUCCUUUCCGAGUUCUGUUUCUUGCCAGCUUCUGCAAUAAAUGUCAUUCAUUCAGUAAAGAGAGAGUGAAAAAAAAGAAGAAAAGAAAAAAGUGAAAAGAAAAUGCAGUUAUAUUUUUCUAACAAUAUGGACCCCCUGUUCAAAUACAAUGAAAUAUUAAAGAAAAGUGCCUGAA